AUGUCUGCGAAGAGCCGCACCCUAGAAUUGGGCAAUGUGCUGGUGGUCGGAGGAUGUGGGUUCCUGGGGUGGCACAUCGUCGAUCACUUGCUGAACUUUCCCUCGGAGACCGAUCCCACUGUCGCAUUGCCCAAGAUCGAGGGUGAUGCGCGAUUCGAAUUCCCAAGCCUAGCCUCACGCUAUCCGACCUACAAUGCCAACGUGUCUGUCGUCGAUUUGCGUACCUCUAAUAACCGCCUGCCCGGUGCGACCUACUACGAGGGGGACAUCACCUCUGUCGACUCCAUGAUGGAGGUUUUCCGCGCCGUCAAGCCCACCGUGGUGAUCCACACCGCAACUCCCUCCGUUCUCCAUGCCAGCAAAGAGAUGCUGCACAAGGUCAAUGUGGACGGUACCCGGACACUUGUUCAGGUGGCUGGGGGUGAGCACGGCGACUGGGGUGGCAAGUGCAAGGCCUUCGUCUACACUAGUUCCGCCUCGGUGGUCCACGACACUGAGAGCGACCUGAUCCAUGUCACUGAGGAAUGGCCAUUGAUCCGAGGCGAAAGGCAAAAGGAGUACUACUCAGAGACCAAGGCCGAUGCCGAGGAACUCGUUCUGAAGUACAACCGUCAAUCGCCAAGUGGCAUGGUAACCUGCGCCAUCCGUCCUGCUGGUAUUCUUGGAGAAAAAGACGCAACCGUUUCCUUCAAGAUGACCCAGCUGGGCUACGAGGGGUCACCGUUCGUGCUGAAGAUGCAAUUGGGUGACAACAAUAACCUAUUCGAUUUCACCUACGUCGGGAAUAUCGCUUACGCGCAUAUGCUAGCCGCAUUCCGCCUCGUGGCCACCUACGACCGAGAGUUGAUGGAGAAGCUUUCAAUAUCACCAAUGACUCCCCCCAUCUAUUUCUGGGAUGCCGCGCACUACAUGUGGGCAUUGGUGGGCAAAGUGGUAGAGCCACAGCAGGUCUGGGCAUUGCCCGAAGGUCUCCUAGGCCCUAUUGGUGGCUUACUCGAGGGGCUCAUGGGCCUUUUCGGUAAAACUCCCUCGUUGACCCGCCGCCAAGUUCGAUACUCGUGCAUGACCCGAUACUACUCUGUCGAGAAGGCUAAGUUCCGCUUGGCUUACCUACCAGUCGUCCCGGUGGAUGAGGGCAUUGCCCGUGCUGUUGGGUACGUGGCCGCGCAGCGUAAAGAGAGUCAAGGUAAGAAGGCUCAAUAA